GGGAGAGGAGGUCAGUCGAGCAGUGGGAGAGCAAGACCGGAGGGAGCUGAGAGCAGUUUUCAGCUCUUCUGAAUCUUUCAUAAGAAAAAGCCUCCAACAUCAAGCCACCUGGAUGGACUGAGAGGAGGAGGCGGUACGGAGGGAUGCAUUAAGAGAGGAAGAGGACUUCAGAGACAGCAGGACCUGGGGGAAGGAUGGGGGAAGAGCAGAGUUGAGAAUUUUUCUGCCUGUCACCCUGCUGUAGAAGCUCCUCUGACAGUCUCUGAGGAGAAGAUCUGCAUGAAGAGAAAGAAAAGAGGGAGAUAAAAGGCGACUCUAGAGGCUGGUUAAUCCCUAAACCUGGGAAGAACGGGGAAAGGAAGGAAGAAGAGCAAGCAACAUAAGCACGUAACACUAUGCUUGACUUUUCUCGUCCGUGCAUGACGCCGCCUCAAUCCGUCCGCAUUUCAAACCUGUAAAAAACGUAUUUGCUUCUACUUAACACCAGACAAAUCUGCUUUACAUGACUGGCUGGCGGGGAAGAAUUUGGACAGAAUUUGGCCGAAUCUGACCCAGGAUUAACAGGUCUACUGUGCAGGACUCGGCCCCAGCCCAGCAGCCAUGUCGUCCAACGAGCUGAGCGUUGAGAUGGACUCGUGCAUCCGAACGUUUAAGGAGCACAUGCACCUGGAGCUGGAGCCCCCCAAGAUGGCGGGCGGCAAGCGGGGCGCCACGUCCCCCAAACUGUCCCCGAGAAGCUCCCCGCGGCUCUUCCGCAAGCUGAUGGUGAACAAGAGCAUCCGACAGAGGCGGCGCUUCACUGUGGCUCAUACCUGUUUUGAUGUGGAGAAUGGGCCCUCAGCCAGCUGCAGCCCUCUGGACCCCCAGGCCUCCCCCGGCUCGGGUCUGGUCCUCCACACCAACUUCCCAGGACAUAAUCAGCGCCGGGAGUCCUUCCUCUAUCGCUCUGACAGUGACUAUGAGCUGUCCCCCAAGUCCAUGUCACGAAACUCCUCCAUCGCCUCUGAACUACAUGGUGAUGACCUGAUCGUGACUCCCUUUGCUCAGGUGUUGGCGAGCCUUCGAAGUGUAAGGAAUAACUUUACAGUACUGACCAAUGUCCAGUGUGCCUCCAGCAAGAGAUCUCCUGCUGCAACAACUCAGCCUCCGAUCACCAGAGUUUGUCUCCCAGAUGAGGCGUACCAGAAGCUGGCCAUGGAGACGAUGGAGGAGUUGGACUGGUGUCUGGACCAGCUGGAGACCAUCCAGACCUACCGCUCUGUCAGUGACAUGGCCUCCAACAAGUUCAAGAGAAUGUUGAAUCGGGAGUUGACGCACCUAUCUGAGAUGAGUCGGUCUGGAAACCAGGUUUCCGAAUUCAUCUCUAACACCUUCCUAGACAAACAGAAUGAGGUGGAGAUGCCAUCGCCGACGUCCAAGACGCGAGAGAAGAAGAAGCAGCAGAAGCAGCAGCUGAUGACGCAGAUCAGCGGGGUGAAGAAGGUGUCUCACGGGCCGUCGCUCUCCACCAGCAGCAUAUCCCGCUUCGGCGUCAAGACCGACAAGGAAGAGCUGUUGUCCAAGGAGCUGGAGGAUCUGAACAAGUGGGGCCUGAACAUCUUCACUGUUUCAGAGUACUCCCAUAACCGGCCCCUCACAUGCAUCAUGUACGCCAUCUUCCAGGAGCGAGACUUGUUGAAGACGUUCAAGAUCCCGGUGGAUACGUUCGUGGCCUACAUGAUGACCCUGGAGGAUCAUUACCAUUCAGAUGUGGCCUAUCAUAACAGUUUGCACGCUGCUGACGUCGCCCAGUCCACGCACAUCCUCCUUUCCACUCCUGCUCUAGAUGCGGUCUUCACAGAUCUUGAGAUCCUAGCGGCUAUCUUUGCUGCAGCUAUCCAUGAUGUUGAUCAUCCUGGAGUUUCAAACCAAUUCCUAAUCAAUACCAACUCUGAACUGGCCCUGAUGUACAACGACGAGUCGGUGCUGGAGAACCAUCAUUUGGCUGUGGGCUUCAAGCUGCUGCAGGAAGACAACUGUGAUAUCUUCCAAAACCUCACGAAGAAGCAGCGACAGUCCCUGCGCAAGAUGGUUAUCGACAUGGUUUUGGCCACCGACAUGUCCAAACACAUGAGCCUGCUGGCCGACCUGAAGACUAUGGUGGAGACCAAGAAGGUGACCAGCUCCGGAGUACUGCUGCUCGAUAACUACACAGAUAGGAUACAGGUGCUGCGUAACAUGGUGCACUGUGCCGACCUGAGUAACCCCACAAAGCCCUUGGAGGUGUAUCGUCAGUGGACUGAUCGGAUAAUGGAGGAGUUUUUCCACCAGGGAGACAGAGAGAGGGAGAGGGGGAUGGAGAUCAGCCCCAUGUGUGAUAAACACACAGCCUCUGUGGAGAAGAGCCAGGUGGGUUUUAUCGACUACAUCGUGCACCCUCUCUGGGAGACCUGGGCCGACCUGGUACACCCCGACGCUCAGGACAUUCUGGACACACUGGAGGACAACAGGAACUGGUACCAGAGUAUGAUCCCCCAGAGCCCGUCCCCGCCCUUCUACGAUCAGGGCUCCCAUGGACACAGCGGAGGCACAGGUGGACAAGGAGGAGGGGAGAAGUUCCAGUUUGACUUGACCUUGGAGGAAGAGGACAUGGAUGGGAUGGAAAAGGAUGCUGAAGGGGAGGAAGACGAUGAGGAGGAAGAGUUGGAAGAGGAGGAUAGUCUUGGAGAUUCUCACUCUCCUCCUCCAGGCUAUUUGGACGAUCAGGCGCCCGAGGACAGUGCCAUGAUGGAGCCCAUGACAGCAAUAGAGAUUGUGACGCACGAGGCAUCGCCCACCGACACAUAGGGCUUCCAUCACCUGGCUCACGUUGGUGAUUUGAAAGUUUUUAGCAAAGCGGGGAUAUCCUCAUGCUUUUUAACAAGCCCACAGAAGCGAGGGCUUAGUUUCGGCCCGCACAGGGGCCUCUUGCACUUGGGUGUUUGAAGCCAGACACAGAUGGACAGUUUCAGAGAGGCGGCUUCAGAGUUCUCAGGAAUUAAUUACUGCGAACAUUUUAGUCUUGGUGAACGGAUGAAAGUGGAACUUGAAGGAUUUCAGCCAGUUUUGGAAGUUUUUUCAACUGGACUGGCAUUAAAUGGACACUGACACUACUGAGAGAAGUUUUGUACCUAAAGACUCUGUUUUGUUUUUUUGUUGUUUUUUUUUUACAGAUAAAUGAUCUAGAAGUAGCAUAGAGUAAGACCUACUGAUGGAGACACAUUUGUAAAGUAAAAGAAAGUGUUUACUUUUUCUGUACCAUUUGUCAAAGGACUUUUGUGUGCCUUUUUUACUAUUGUCUUUAUAUAGUUUUUUAUUUAUUGAACACUUUAGUAUGUUUGUUAAAUGUAUUUUUUUUCCUCAACUAAAGAAGAAAUCUUUUUUUUUUUUUUGUAUGUCAAAGAGAUAAGUCUUCCAUGUAUUGGGCAAUAGAGAAAUCCAAACAAAUGUCGACAAACUUAUCUAGAGAAAGGGGGAAACAUGACACCCACAUCAUUCAGACUUGUUUUUCAAUUUGAGCACAAGUUUGUUUUUUUUAUUUUCCUUACAUCUCAGACAUUUAUGUUGAGUCAUGGUUCAUGUUACAUGCUUAGUUUCUUUUCGCUUUUGAUAACAAGUAUCAGUCAAUGAAUGUCACGUCUGAUUAAUUUUUUGUUUUUAAUUUUUGUACAGGGCUGCAAACAGUUGGGCUUUCGUAGUCGUUGGCACCAAAACUGGACUUUUAACUAAGUAAAAUAACGGGGUCAUAUGAGUUACCGGAUCUUUUUCUGCUUAUUGUUGCAAUUGUUCUGAUGUCAAAUGACCAAGGGAGGAGAAAUUGUAGUAGGGCUGAAAUCAGGCUGCUUCGAUUAGAAGUUAAAAUAAGAAAUCAAGUCCCGCAGAUGACGUUAACGACGGCGACGGACCUAUUUUUAGCCGGCAGGUUUGCCACAGUCCCAUUAAUCUCACUAGUUGGAACAGGUUCUGACCCCAGAUCUGAAUGAUGUAAAGCCCCCCCUACCCGGGUGCAAUCAGGCCCAGACCAAACCAUUAAAGGUGCUUCUGCAGCUGCCUGUCUAAAAGGCACUCGACAACCUUUGCCAAAGCCUGCAUUCACAUGGUUUACAAACCGAUCUGGCCUCCACCGACGCGACCCCGAAACAAUCAGGCCGCCUAGUUCUCCGUAAUGAUAAAAAUCUCCAAAGAGCUGCUUCUGCUCAUUGACGUCAGUUGGAUUUUUUUUCUCCCUCCCCCUUCUGCUAUAUCGGGUUUCCAGGACAGUCGGGGUUUUAGGAUUUUGCACAGCCGGCAUUGUUUCAGCCUCCUGACUGACAAAAGAUAAUAGAAAUAAUUAGGUAGCCUUGAUCCACCCUCCCCCCAGCACGCACACAGAAACGCACACACAUACGCCCCUCUCCCUUCCCUCCCAGGAAAAAUAACGGAGGAUGACUUGAAUGAGACUUGCAGAUCUCUUGCUUCUGUCCCCGCCCAGCUGAUUUUCUGGAUAUCAGUUGCAUCAAAUCUCUUAAUUUUCAUGGUUUACUGAUACUCAAAAGGUACUUAGUUUCCCUAAAGCAUGCUUAAGCGUUGCAGCGGCAUGUGUGCUGUAUGGCAGUAUGUAUAUUUUGUAUGCGUGUCUGGAUCAGGCCUUACCCCACCAUCAACCCAUCACUCCGUCUCACUUUGUCUCUGUCGUUUGUCGCUAGGAGCUCAAUUUGGUCCUUUUUGCUGUUUAUAACAGUGUAUAUUUAUUCUAUACUUUGAGCUUGUAAAUACAAAAUACUGGUUCAUUGUAAAAAAAAAAAAAAAAGAAAGGAAAAAAAAUCUAUUUUAAUUUAUAUGCACUUGCAUUACCUGGAAGUGGUGGUGUCUAAUGUGUAGAAGACUCUGAUGAGAGUCUUUUUUUUAUAUAAAUGUAUAUUGUUUUUAUAUAAAUAUAUCUAAAUAUAUAUAUUCGCACAAUGUUUUGAGUGCCCAGCAGAGCGGCGGUGAAAGAGACGUGUCACAUGAAAACCUUGUAACUCGUGUACCGACCUUAUUUUUACAGAAAAGCUCAAAUUAUUUUCCCUAAUUUCACAGAAAAUGAUUUUAGUUUGUUAGCAUGAUGUAUGACAUUAAACCAAACAUGCUGACACCUUCCUUCUUUCUGUUGAAUUUCAGUUUAAUGAUAUUUCUUAAAUAACAGCCAGGACUUUUUAUUUCCUUCCAAUUCAAAACUGUUUUUCAACGAAACAGACUCUCUCUACAAGGAUUUCAUCUGACAUCAGCAAUAAGGUAGACCAGAGACAACAUAGAGGACUUGUUAAACUGCAUAUUCUUGGAUAUAGACUACAAAUAUGAUACUAAGUCAAUCCUUAGUUUCAAAGAACACAGCUAGUUUAAUUAUCUCUCGGUGGCUUGUGCUUAUCCAUCCAACAUUUGAAUGCAGAUUGCUAAUAUAUGAGGCCAGAUACAAGAUCGAAUGACAGACGCUAAGCGAUUGUCUCCUUUUACACUUAAUGCACUUCAUGUACGAGUAAGGCACAGUAUUGGUAGCAUGCUACAAUACGCCCAGCACUGAUGUGAAUUGUUCCAAGUCAACGACAAAACAUGAUAUUAUGUAUCUGAAUGUGCUAAUGUGUGAACUCUUCUGACCAAACUUGUUAGCAGUUUUGAGAUUCAAAUUUUGUCAGUAUUAGCGUUAUCUAUGUUCAAGCUUUUUUGGUCCUAGUUGUGUCCAAAUGGUUAGCCAGAUUUAGCACUAUCUGCAUGAAAGAUGGGUUCUUUUUACUGUCAAUGUGUUCAAGUCCACCGGUUGUUGCAGGUGGGUUUUUAAAUGUUUCACACAAUGUAUGGUAUAAUAUUGUAUAUUGUGUUCAAAAUUAAAUCUGACAUACUUUUUCUAUGAAGUGAUUAAAAACGAAGCAUGAAUAUA